AUGGCUGCUUCGGACGACGACCGUGACUUUGACGAGAGCGCUCUUGAUCAAUUGCCGCAAUCCACCCUGCAGGAUCUGGAGUUCGGUGCCCUCUCGUCCACCCAGCGUGAUGUCGCCGCUCGCAGGCAAAGGCAAUACCAACAGGCCACUAGGCCUCUCAAGUUGACUCGUCCAAGUCUCCCGCCUGCCACUGACCCGCCGCCUAUCAAUGCUCCAGCCUCUCCAGAGUCCGACUAUGGCUUGGACGACGACGAAGAGGUUCUUGACCUGAACGAUGACUCCAUCCACUUUCAACCUCAAUUACAACAGUCCUAUGUGCAAUCUGCAAACUUGAACCUCUCCUAUCAUGACUCAGAGCCUAUAGUAAUCGAUGAUGCUCCUCCAAACUACGAACAACUCAACUACCAUAAUCCGCAACUCCCGCACAACGACUCCACAGCCAUCGACUCGCACAUUCAAAAGCUCGAAGCUGAACUGAAUGCCGUCAGAUUGUCCUUACAAUCAGCCAAAGCGGAGAAUCAAAAGCAGGCUGGAGAACUGUCUAUCAUUCGCGCAAGGCGUGAGAAAGACGCCAAAGAGCACGAACAACAGCUACAAGCCUUGAACAAGUCUCGCGCAGAUGAGGCUGCAAAACAAAAGGCUGAUUUGGAUGCAAAGAGGAAGGAGAUUGAAGCCUUUGAAACGAGCAAUCGUUUCCUGGAGCAUGAUCUCGCUCAAGCACGAGACGAGAGGUCGAAGAGGCUCAAGGCUACCAGAUCAAACACUGGUAGGCUCACUCGACAACCCUCUCAAUCUCUGCCUUAUCGUGAUGGCUUUGAUGACAACGAGAUUGUAAUGCUGUCACCGUCCAAGCCAAAGGAUACGUCUAAAUCUUCUACCCCAAAGGUAGGUGAAAAGCGUAAGAGGAAUGCUGCCGUCAGUCCUGCUCCUCAGCUACAGCUUAAUCCGCACACCUCCGUGUCCUCUUCACCUGCUCCAGUCGCUGCUGAAUCCACGCCUGUAAUUGAAGACUUGAUUCGACCUCAAGACGACUCGCAAUUCCAGUUGAUUCGACAUCUCAUGAACCACCGGCUCUCCAACUCUCAGGAAAGAGUGUUGGAGACGUUAAGCCGACUCGCUUUUCCAUCAUUACCUGGGCAAUCCAUAUCUGGCCUUAUAACCCAGGGCUUGUCCCAAUACAUUGGAGUAGACGAAAAUGAUGACUUCUCUUCGUUUGCGUGCAACCUUUUCUCAGAUCUGUGGGAAAGAUGUUUGCAUGACAAGAUGCACUUGCCGAUAUAUUUAAUCCUGGACUUGUACGAAUUCGUAUUGGCCAUGUCUCCCGACGCUCCCAAACUAUCGCUCAUUGAGCGCUUCCUUCCACUUGCCACAAAGACUAUCGAUUUGGUUGCGCUACCACGUGUGCGCCAACCUUUGGGCUCACAGGUGGACUCGCAGCUCCUCAAAUCUAUCAAUGUCGACCAAAUCUUGACUCUGAUGCACGGCAUGGCGUUUGAUGCCAGUCUCAAUUCCGACUCCUGCCAAGUGUUCUGGAGAAGAAUGGAGUUUGACUUUACUUUGAUGAUGCUAAACAAAGGUCAACCGCUUCCACAGAUCAUGCUCGUCCUUCAAAUGCUUGGCAGCUCUGCCAUGCCAGAGUCAUUCAGUAUUAUAGUGGACGAUCCAGAGAAGCAAUCUGCUCUGGAAGGUCACACAAUCGAUCGUCUGACCACUCUUCUUUUCGAGAGGCCAGAGGCGCCAGCUGGGGAGUCACCUUACGAAGACAGCGAGGUCACUGUUUUGCAAAUCGAGACGAUUCGAGUCUUGAAUUCGCUAGCAGUCACUAAGCACGGAAGUGAAGUCCUCGCUCAACAUCGAACAGCUAUCGGUCGCCUUGUUCGGUUGUUGCACGUGUCGGUUACCAAGCUGUACGAUCUUCCUCCGACAAAUCACGACAUUAUGAGUGUGGCAAGCGACUCGCCCGACUUCAGUACGGUUCAUGAACUCACCACGAGUCUGAUCAAUUUAACGGUUCGUCUGCUAUACCACUUGCUUAUGAAUUACGGCGAUGUGAUCAAUCUGCGCGAGAAGCUCAUGGUGAUCCCCGGCGGACAUCAUAAGUUUUUGGUCUCUUUGACUAGACUUGCGUUUUCAGAGCAGCUGGUAUACGAGGCCGGGUUGGACAAUGAAGCUCUCGAUGCCGCGCAUGAGAUACUGGAUGGUAUAUUGAGCCCGGAGGAAGGCGAAGCAGUCGUACAAGCCAUCGAGACGCCUAGGGGGCCGAGCGGUACAAGGACGUCGACUCAUGGUUGA